AACCCAAAAAAACUCUAAUGCCGCGUUCUUCACUUUCGACUUCGCGUUCCUUUUCCCUAUCUCGUAAGCUCUUCUCGACGCAAGAUGUCUUUCAAUGCAACUUCAAAAUUGCCCAGCUUGCUCGUGCUGGCAAGUGGCAACAUCGAAGCCGCCUGCCAACUACGAGGCUUUUGACUACUUGCAAGCCAUGCCACUGCGCCUUAGAAUGCGAUGGCUUCAGGCGAGAAGCUUGUUCGUUAGCCUCCCAUGCUGAAAUGUUGUUUCACUGGACCGUGAUGAUUAAUGGGUAUGUAGAUAAUGGGAACCUUAAAGCAGUCCAGGAUUUGUAUCAGCAGAUCACCGCCAAGAAUGCUGUUGCCAUUACAUCAAUGAUCACGGACUAUAUGGAGGGGAUGGUGGACAAUACAAGGACUCUGUCUGUUCUGUUCGACAGAGUUCAGUAUAAGAACCUUGUUUCCUGGAAUGCUAGCAUAACAGACACGGUAUUUAUUUCGGGUGUUGGAGAUGCACAUGCAGUUAGCACGGCGGGAGCAGGAACAAGAGGAACGUUUGACUACUGCAGAAGAAGAAAAGAUGGAGGUGAGAAGAGAGUUUCCGCACAAGUGGAAUUGAAGGCAAAGGAGGAAAAGAUCGAGUCCUUGAGAUCGGAGCUUAUGCAGAGGAAGGAGCUGGAGUCGAGAUUGGCAGAGAAAGAUUGCUCCCUGAGAAAGUUGAAUGAUGAACUAAGUCGGAUCAAAUCCUCUGAGGCUGACGCCAUUAAUCUGUUGUCAGAGGGGAUGAAGAGAAUUCAAGAAAUGGACACGGAGAUACAGAAGGGAAAGGAAGAGGAAGCUAAAAUGAAGAAAUCAUUGGUUGCUCAAACGAAACAGCUCGAGCAAUCCAGGAUCUCACUCGAAGAAUCCAAGCUUGAAAUCAAAUCUCUUUAUAAAAAAUUGAGGAGAUCAGAAGGGUCGUUGGAUAAAAUUGUUGGUGAUUUUGAUGCUUCGCCGGGAACAGAACAAGCUUUAAGAAAAACAGUGGAGAUUUUGAAAUCGGAGAUUCAAAUAUCAAAUGAAAAACUAGCUAGUUCCCAAGAAGAAGGAAAGAAGAUGAAAAAUCUGCUUGAAGAAAACAGUAGGUUGAAAAAUGAACUCAAAUCUUCAAUAGAAGUAGAGGAGAAUAACAAGAAAGCCAUGGAUGAUUUAGCCUUAGCUUUGCAAGAAGUAGCAAUGCAGUCCAAUCAAGCAAAGGAGAAAUUGUCCUCAACGGAACAAGAGUUGGCGGCUGCACAGGAGAAGAUAGAACAGUUGAAGACGAGGUUGAAGAACACCAAGGAGAAAUACUCUGAAGCAAAGAAAGAGGCUGAUAUAUGCAAAAACAAAGUGGAGAGAUUGAGACUGGAAGUAGAAGAAUCACAGAUGGCAUGGAAUGGGAGAGAGACGGGCUUCGUGGAAUGUAUUAAGAAAGCCGAAGAAGAAAGGAAUGCUGCACAAGAGGAAAAUAAUAGACUGCUUCAAGCACUGAGGUCCGGUAAGAAUCUGCAGAUGAAAGCAAAGGAUGAGAAUCAGAAACUUAGAGACAUACUUAAACAGGCUAUAAAUGAAGCUAAUGUUGCGAAAGAAGCAGCAAUGAUUGCAAGGGAAGAAAAUGACCAGCUCAAGGAUGUUUUAGCUCAGAAGGAUGCAGCUCUGAAUUUUCUUUCUCGGGAGAAUGAAAAUUUCAAGCUCAAUGAAGCUGCAGCUUUUGAUAAUAUCAGGGAAUUGAAACGAUUAUUGGCCGAAGCAACAAUUAAGGAUUGGAAAACAGAGGAUAAAGAAAAGGGGAUGGCAUCGAAUUCUCCAAAUUCCAUGGAGAAGGAUUGUAAAGAUGAGAAAGAUAAAGAACGGGGUAAAGAUGGAGAUGAUAAGGAUCAGGGGAAGAAACUCAAGUCCCCAAACUCCAUUGAUAAGGAGCAUGGGAGGAAACAGAGCAAUGCUGUUAGUUUGAAUCUCAAGGACGUGAAAAUCCCACAUUAUAAACACGAGGAAGGAGAAGAGGAGUACAAGUCUGCAUCUGCGGUGAUAAAAGACAGCAAUGAAGAUGACUCCUCUUCUGAUAACACUGAGCCGCUUAAGGGUUCCAUAUUUGACAUGGCUGAGACUCCAGAGGCUAAAACUACCGCAGCUCACCACCGGAAGAAGUCAUCUUUCACCGACGAAGGAGAACGGAUGAACUCAGAGGAGUUUGGUCAUCUAGAUGGUGCUCAUUUUGAUGAGACGGAGAGUGAUAGAAGCUCGAGAAAAAAGAGAGCAUUGCUACGGAGAUUUGGAGAUCUUAUAAGGAGAAAAGUUUCCAUAGAAAGGAUUUAGAAACUUAAAAUAGAACCUCAUCUCUGUGCAUGAGGUAAUUACAAAUUACAAUUGCUGUUGUAUAGAGUAUACUUGACUGCAAGGUUUAGGUUAAAUUUACAGACAAGUGUUGUUUUAUAGGCGAGGUAUACUGUUCAAGUCUUGGGCUAACGCUUAAGAAAAUCGAGUUUCCUUGUGUGCCCUUAUCACGGCCUUUUGAGAGAUUAAUGUUGAGGUGUGUGGUUUGUUCAUUUCCAAGACUCACUCCUCUCAUUACAAUAAAAUAAAAUAAAAUAA